UUAUGGAGUUAUAUAAUCCGAUAGGCAAGUACGUGGUGUACGCUGCCGACCAGAGAAAGGCAUAACAUAACAAAGCGAAAGCGUGCAGCGCUAAAGCCAGAUGCCAUUGUUUUGUGUUGUCUAAGACGGAGUUGACACACACAAACGAACAGGGAGGCAGAAGAAUGGAAGCUAAGAAACCAGUCUUUCAAUUCCUAUGGCUCUUCUUUUUUGUCUCAGCCUAUCACAACGCUUUCAUGCGCAGAGCUCUCGCAGAGGGCGUCACUCCUCAGGAAGCCAAACAGCUCCGAGACGAGGUGCGUGGAAUGUUCUAUCACGCUUUUAAUGGAUACAUGGACCAUGCAUUUCCACUUGAUGAACUAAGACCUUUAACAUGUGGAGGAGAGGAUACACUUGGCGGUUAUGCCUUGACUUUGAUUGACUCCUUAGACAUGCUGGCUUUACUUGGUGACAAGGAACGCUUUGCUGCAUCUGUCGAAUGGAUUGGUAAAAGCCUUCGGUUUGACAUAAAUAAGACAGUGUCUGUGUUUGAGACUACUAUUCGCGUUCUUGGAGGUUUACUCUCUGCUCAUCUUAUUGCAAGUGAUUAUGCUACGGGCAUGAAAAUACCAUCUUAUGACAACCAGUUGCUUAACUUAGCAGAGGAUUUGGCCCGGAGGUUAUUACCUGCGUUUGACACUCCUACAGGAAUUCCAUUUGGAUCUGUCAACCUUUUGUAUGGAGUUGAUGAACAUGAAAGCAAGAUAACAUCAACUGCUGGUGGGGGGACUUUAACGUUGGAAUUUGGAGUGCUUAGUCGUUUGACGAAUGAUCCCGUUUUUGAAGAAGUUACCAAAAAUGCAGUUCGUGGACUUUGGGCGCGGCGUUCAAAACUAAAUUUAGUUGGUGCCCAUAUCAAUGUUUUUACAGGUGAAUGGACACAGAAGGAUGCUGGAAUAGGAACUAGUAUCGACUCUUUCUACGAGUAUCUCCUAAAGGCUUAUGUAUUGUUUGGAGAUGAAGAGUCUCUGUUCAUUUUCCAAGAAGCUUACAGAGCUGCUAUGCACUAUCUUUACAAUGAUCCUUGGUAUGUGGAAGUAAAUAUGGAUUCUGCUGCUAUUGUCUGGCCAUUGUUUAACAGUUUGCAGGCAUUCUGGCCUGGCCUUCAGGUGUUAGCUGGGGACAUCGAUCCUGCAGUUCAAACACAUACUGCCUUCUUUAGUGUCUGGAAAAGAUAUGGUUUCACUCCUGAGGGUUUUAAUCUUGCUACGCUCAGUGUUCAGGAUGGGCAAAAAAGUUACCCACUGCGUCCGGAGUUAAUAGAGAGCACGUAUUGGCUCUACAAAGCUACCAGAGAUCCCAGAUAUCUUGAUGCUGGUCGGGACAUGGUUUCCAGCUUGCAGUAUGGGGCUCGAUGCCCUUGUGGAUACUGUCAUAUAUCAGAUGUAGAGUUUCACACGCAGGAAGAUCACAUGGAGAGCUUUUUCUUAGCUGAGACUGUUAAAUACUUGUGGCUUCUUUUCGAUUUGGCUGUUGGUCCAGAUAACCUUGUUGAAAACGGGCCAUACAAGUACAUAUUUAGCACUGAAGGCCACCUACUGCCUGCAACCCCUCAGAUAUCCCUGGUACGGGAACAUUGUUCAUAUGUUGGGGCUUUUUGUAGAAGUGUGGGUUGUAAAGAAGAUUAUCAUACAUCAGAAAUCGCUACUGAUCUUCUAGAAGCUAAUGGCAGUAGAUUUCAUGAAGGUCAGGCUCACACUGGACUUCCUUUAUAUUCCACUUUUGAGUCAACCCCUACAGCAGGGUUGAUCAAGGGAUUUUGCCCAGGACUAUCUCAUGGGCAGAAGUUUGGGAUAUCAUACAUUGCUUCAGUCAAUACAGCUUACCAGCAUGAGCCUGCAUCUGAUGGAAAACCAACUACUCUGCAGAGCCAUUCAGUGGCGGUUGUCCAAAACCAAAGUUCUGAUGACUCGCUUCCUGAAAAUGAUUGUGACAAUUUGCAGGAAUCCCGCGAGGAAGGAUCAGAGAGUAAGGUACCUCUGCAAUCUCAGGUAUGAGUAAGGCCUUUAGGAUGGUAAUGGAACUCGGGGAAAUCAAGCUAAUUGGUUGGAAGCAGCCUCCAAAUGAUCAGGAUUCGGCCUUCCACAUUCCCUGCCUUCUAUCUAUUCUGCCAUAAGAUGGGCUGAAUGCUAAGAUGGGUCCAACGUGAUACAUUUUUGGGGGCUGCAUGGAAGACUAGAAAAAUUGUGGUUCUCUUUGACUGUGUAGAUUAUGAUCAUAGGUUCGAGCGAUUCGGCAUCUAUUGAUAGAGUGAGCAUAGAGCUUGAGGAUAGAAAUGUGAACUGGAAGUUGUCUGAUCAUUAUUUCUGGUUUCGCUGCCCUGGCAGAGGACAUGAAAAGUUGCAAUUAGUCAGCUGUUAGGCUCGUGUAACUUGGCACAAUGGAGCCGAAUUUUGUACACUCUUUUUCUUUAUGGUGGGUUUCAAAGAUUGAUUAUGGAGGGGGCUCUCAUCAGCCUCGGUGCGAGUUGGAAUGGUGUAUUUGUAAGAACACAUUUAAAAAAUAUAGCUAGAAAACUAUAGGUUAUGUUUAUUUACAGAA